UGUUGCACCGUUUGCGGACGUGCGCGGUCCCGCUGUGUCACCUUGCUGGAUACUGAAGCCUGCGGUGUUGCAGUGGAGAAGCAAGGGACACUGAUAACAGUAACAAGUGUCCUAGCUGGGAACCCAUAAACACCAGAGCCAUGGCAACUGCAAAGCCCAAAACCUCUCCGAAAGCUGUAAAGUUUCUUUUCGGCGGUUUGGCUGGAAUGGGGGCCACGGUGUUUGUCCAGCCGCUGGAUCUGGUAAAGAACAGGAUGCAGCUGCAAGGACAGGGUUCCAAAGCUCGUGAGUACAAGACCAGCUUCCACGCCUUGACCGGCAUCCUUAAGAAUGAGGGCCUAGGAGGAAUCUACACAGGUCUUUCUGCUGGUCUGCUCAGGCAAGCCACGUAUACCACCACAAGGUUGGGCAUCUACACUGUUCUCUUUGAGCGUAUGACCAAAGCCGACGGCACUCCGCCAAACUUCUUGAUGAAGGCCUUGAUUGGCAUGACCGCCGGGGCCACGGGCGCGUUCGUGGGCACCCCCGCAGAGGUGGCCCUUAUCCGCAUGACCGCCGACGGACGUUUGCCUCCAGAUCAGAAGAGGGGUUACUCCAAUGUCUUCAAUGCUCUUGCCAGGAUUACCCGUGAAGAAGGGGUCACGACACUUUGGAGGGGUUGUAUACCUACCAUGGCUCGGGCUGUGGUUGUGAAUGCUGCUCAGCUAGCUUCAUACUCUCAGUCGAAACAGGCUCUGAUUGAUUCAGGAUAUUUCAGCGAUGGUAUCUUCCUCCAUUUCUGUGCCAGUAUGAUCAGCGGGCUUGUCACCACUGCAGCCUCCAUGCCUGUGGACAUCGUGAAGACGAGGAUCCAGAGCAUGAGAAUGAUUGACGGCAAGCCAGAGUACAGAAAUGGACUGGAUGUGCUGGCGACGGUGAUCCGUAAAGAGGGAUUCUUCAGCCUGUGGAAGGGCUUCACCCCGUACUACGCUCGACUGGGUCCUCACACGGUUCUCACCUUCAUCUUCCUGGAACAGAUGAACAAAUACUACAAAGUCUAUUUCCUUGACUCAUAGAAAUGUGUUGUGAAUGGUGGGGACACAGCAGAGGAGCACAGUCUCAAUUGUGAGGGGGCUUGAGUGGGUGUGUACCCACUUGCUUGCCAUUUCAUUGAUAGAGUAGUAAAUUGAACCUUUAUUCACCCUGGUUUACUUUAAGUUCCUGCUAACGGUUGAGGACACAAGGGUAAAUAAAUGGCCCUCCACAAAUGGGUUGUGCACCACUGUAGUGUACACUCACCCUAAACUGUGACUGCACUAAACUAAGAUUGAUUUCACCACCCAAGCGGCUUCGUUUCUGUCGGGGCUAGCCACAAGCUGUCACUCAAACUGACCUCACUAGAUCAAAUUAAACACAAAUCUCUGUUCCUGACUCCUCUUCAGACUUACUUUUACAGUAUUUGACGGACAUCUGUAGAAGACCUCAUUUAGUGUCGACACGAAUGAACAUGUACAGACUGCCUGAAUACUGAAUAUGUUUAUGAAACCCUUUUAAGUUCACAAAGACUCUCCAUUACUGGAGUACCAUCUACAGAGCACACACAUUCAGUACCCGAUGCAGGUAUUACUGUGAACUUUUUGAAAAGCUUGUUUGACCUUGGUGAUUUCCAUUGUUUUUCAUGAUUGUCCUGUGUCUUUGGGUAGUCACCUCUAACUUAUAUAUUCACUUCCUGUGUAUCUAGGUUUCAAAAUCAGAGUUGGCACUUGCAAGGGUCUCUUUGUUGCAACAAGCUUGACUUCAGUUGACAGUCAUCUCUAACAUUCAAAACAUAUACAAUUUGUUCAAGCAGGAAUGCCAUCAGUGUCACCAAAUACAGCCGACCCUACUGUGUUCAGAUAGAGGUUAUGGUUUUGGCAACUAAUAUAUGUACACUUGGAGUUGUGGGAGUUAACAGAAGUCACUUCAGAAUUGUAACCUCUUCACACUUAUUUGCUGUUGUAGCUCCAUACACUGCCAGCAACUAAUUGGAAAGAAAAGCAUCAAAUUCCUAUCUACAAUGUUACUAAAAUGUUAUUGUGAAGUACCAUGUGGUACAUUUGAAAAUACCAUGAAUGCUUGGUAAUGAUUGUACAGUCAAGACUGCUUUCUACCCAUUGCACCCACUAACGGUUCUUAAAUACGGAGUCAUUGUAUUCAAAUUUCUCUAUCAUGCCCGAUAUUUACCCAUGCCAGAACAAUACAAUAAUCUGAUUUGAGGACAUAUUAAUGAUAUAGGUACAUAGGAUCAUGAUGACUAUAAUGUAAUAUAAUUUACACAAAUGGGAGUAUACUGAACUUUUUUUUUAUUACUCAAGAUUAGGACAUCAUAAAGCCCAAUUAUGCAGUAUUGUGAGUCAUAUGUUUUCUUUGUGUUUCACCACCAACCUGUUCAUUUCUGUUAAUUUAUACAAACAUUGUUCCCUUCAUUUCUUAAAACCAGAGGGAGUACUGGUUUUCUCUGAUGUAAAACAUCUAUUCUGAGAUUCUGGUUCUAAAGCAACAAACAAAAAAAAGAAACAAAAAAUAAAUAAAUAUUGUUCUUUGAAAGUCA